UCAGAGAAAACAUGUUUUCCUUAGAGCUGCUCUUUAAAACAGAAAAAAACAUGGACCAAUCAAUCAGAAUAGCCCCCUCUAGCACGAUGUACGACAAUCUACAACGUCUCUUUCUGUCCUCCUCUGUCCCCCUUGGGAUGCAAUAGGAGCACAUACUGUGAUGCAGCGGAACCAGACUGAACUAGCCCAGCAACACGCCCGCGCAUCCAUCGCGCGCUCCACGCACGCGCCGCACAGCCAGCCGUACCGUACCGUACGCCUUCGCACUUCCGGUAUUUUCGCCAUCUUUUUGAUCGAUCGAUCCCGCUUGAGGGAGGGAAAGCGAUUGACUCACAAAUUCCUUCCGUUUGGAGCGUUUCCGCAGAGUCAUCCAGACCGCCAACGUCAUCCUUGGAUACCACUAGGAUUUGGAGAAUUUUUCCAUGGGGUUCCUGUUGCCAGCGAGGAUAAACUGAGGAUAGUGGGGACAAUUUGUCUGAGUUGACCCUCUGACGAAGACUUCACGGAGGUCAAAGUAAACAGCGUGACUGCCGGAUAUUUUACGCCGGUCAACAGGCCAGGCGCACCGGAUCUUGAGUGGACACGCUACGCUAUACGGACCAAGACAACCGCCUGACUUCUGAAAGAAAAGCAUUUAUAACAGGUCUUGAGUGGCUGACAUGCUAAGGGUUCCCCCACCAUGCCUUACGAAGGCACCCUCUAUGAGUUCCUGAGCGAAGUGGGCCUGCAGCAGUACCACCAGGACUUUGUCAGCAAGCUCGGGGUGACCGCCAUCGAUCACCUCGCCUACGUCCAGACCGACGAUGUGCUGCAGCUGGGCAUGACUCAGCCCGAGUGGCGGCGGCUACGGGCGUCCAUGAAGAAAGUUAAGAAGGGCAAAUUCAAGCCUGGGAAGAAUGCCAAGGUAUCCAAGACCAAACCCACCAUCGUCAGGGUGCCCUCGCAGACGAGCUCACCCUCAGGGGGUCACAUCAUCCCGGCCUCAGCUAUCAACAUCCUGGACCGGGAACUGGGCAGAGGGGAGUUUGGCAAGGUGAUGCAGGGGAUAUGGACUGACAAAGAUGGCCAGAAGAUUCAAGUAGCAGUCAAGUGCCUGAGCCCGGAGAAGCUGUCAGCUGACAAAGCGCAAGACUUUGUCAAGGAGGCAGCCAUCAUGUACUCGCUGAAUCACGACAAUCUGGUCAAGCUGUUUGGAGUGGUUCUGGACGUGGAUACAUCGUUGAUGCUGGUGACGGAGUUUGCUGCCCUACGAUCCCUCCUGGAGAACAUCAAGCAGCCCACCCUGCGCCCCUCCUUCCCCAUCACCCUCCUGCUGGAGUUCGCCGGGCAGAUCGCCGACGCCAUGAGGUACCUCCACCUGUCCAACAUCAUCCAUCGAGACCUAGCCACCAGGAACAUCUUGCUGUUCGUGGAUGAUGAUGGUACUAAGAAAGUCAAGAUCAGUGACUUUGGGCUGUCUCGGAGGUUGAUCCUUGGGGAGAACUACCGCAGCGAGAUGAGACCCAACCUGAAGCUGCCACUAGCUUGGAUGCCAGUGGAAGCGCUAACUAAGCUGACCUUCACAAAGGCCAGCGAUGUCUGGAGUUUUGGCGUGACGAUGUGGGAGAUGUUUACGUACGGGCGCCAACCGUGGGCCACGUACACCGGAGAAGAGAUUUUAAAAGCAAUAGACAAGCCAGCAUUACAACGUCUGGAAAGACCCGAUGCCUGUCCCGUCAAGAUCUAUGACAUCCUUCUAAAGUGCUGGAAACAUGAGCCUGAGAAAAGGCCAAGCUUUGCCGAGAUUUGCGAAGAACUGCCCAAGGCCAAGCCGGUUCAAGUCCGAGCCAUCACACACUACAAACCUACCAAAGAUGGCGAGCUAGCAUACCGAGCAGAUGACAUCAUCACUGUCUUGGAUGCAAAUGAAAAUUCCGGGAUCUGGACCGGUAUCCUCGCCAGUGGUAAGAUAGGAACCUUCCUGCGAUGCAACACAACCCUCUUGGGCAGCACCAGUACUGCUGGAGGGAGUAGGUUACGCCGAUGGAAGAGCGGGUUCCGAUCGGACAAGAGAGACGCAAGGAAAAGUUGGCAUGGUCGGCUGACAACGGAUGCCAUUGGGACGCCCAUGGGGGCCCGGCAUAUAUUCCAUGUGGGGCCAGACGGCACAGUGCAGGGAGACGCAACAUUCGGCGGAGACUAUCGGACUCUACCUUCGGAGAGUAAGAUCCGCCAGCCCUGGAGUAGUUCAUCGUCUGUCUCAUCGGCAUCUUCAGCCUCCACCACCCGUUCCCCACCUCGUUCCCCCUACCGCACUAACCCCCCGGAUCAGAAGGUCCCCGUCGGAGCCAGCUCCUCGGCCACCUUGCCCCCGAGCCACUCGGUGCAGUCCCUGCCACCCCGGUCCUCCCUCCUCAAGGCCAACGGUGAGCUGACCAGCAGCACGCCCGAACUGGCCAGUGCGGGGGCUCCGCUGCAUGCCGACCAGGACGAGCUGGACUCUGAUCUCAGCGAGCUGCCGGCCGUCUUACCCAAGGAGAGGGAGGUGUUGGCCUCCGCAGCUGCCAAUUCCAGGAUCGCUGAGGAGCCCAAGAUCUCCCCUCUGACGGAGACCACAAUGGAAGCUGGGGCCACAAUAGAAGCUGGGGCCACCGCUUCCUUCAGUGCCGAAAUGGAGAGACCGCCGUCCCCAGACUCCUUUUCUCUCUCCUUGAAUUUGGAGAUGGGAUCACUGCUGGAUGAGUUCAUGUGUGAAUGGGACGAUCGGAGACACACAGUGGAAAUCCAAGAUGGCAAAAUGAUGCAAAGAGUGCCGAAGGAGGAUAAAAACAAGAACUGGGAAGUGGGUGGCACCAACAGCGACAGUGGCUCCUUGUCAUCCUCGUCCACAACAGGUAAUACCCCUCGCCCUGGGUCUCUCCAUUUAUCCAGCUCUUCCGGAUCCGAGGGCGGGAAAAUGUCCCGAGGGGGUGUUGUGUCUGUCCUGAGGUCCUCGUCUAAGAAGAAAGCUGCAGCAGGUGGUGCUGUGGGCACCGAUGGGUCAGGGGAAGAGAGUAUGACUCCGUUGCACAACAUGAUCAUAAAGGAUUCGCCAUCCAAUCCAGCCAAGACGUACAGACGGGUACCAGCAUCAACUGGUACCUCACCAGCUGCUGUGGCCACAGGUGAAGGCGCAACAGGUGGGGAUAGGGACUCACCAGACGAUAGCUGCGGGAGAAGCGAAGGGUCAGAAGUCAGGCUGAGGGUUAACCUGAAUAGGGCCAACAGUGUGCAGGAUAAAAAGGAUGAGAUGAACUUUGUGAGGUUGUCUACAUCGCCGCCUUCCAAGGCAGAGAAUGAUUACAUAGACAUCAGCAGUUUGGCCAAGUCUAGUCCCAAUUCGCCGGCUUUGGAUGGGGUGUCGUCGCGGCAGCCAUUUGUGUCAUCAAUGUCAACCUCAUCUUCGUCGUCCUCAGAGAGGACAUGUAGUCCGCCGUCCUUGAGUUUGAGUCAGAAGGUAUCAUCUGGGGACUUCUCAAGCCCAAAUGAGUAUGAGGAACUGUCUGAUGCUACAUCGGCGGAUCCUGAGGAUGUUCUCCAUCCCAUGCCGACAAAACCCAACUUUGUCAGUCAAUAUCCUCCUGCCAAAGAGGUUGGCCGGAGCAAGAGCAUGCGGGUCACCAGCUCCGGUCCAGCUGUGGAAGACCUUGCCAAGAGGAGGGGUCAGUUUGGUCGGAGUCGCAGUCUUAAAGAAACAACUGCCACAGCCAGAGCCGAAGAAGUCUAUGCAAAGUUGAUUGGAGGGAGGAUCAGUGGAUCCCCCACACUGCCACCCAGAGCGAGCCCAGCAGUUUCUUCGCCUCCUAGGGCAGUAGGCUCCCCAGGAAAAUCCACAAAUCCAUUUUUGGAUGCAAGUAGCAGUCCGACAGCUAGUCCCUCUAGAAGGCAUGUUGGUGUCUUGGAAAGGAUGAGUUCUGUGGAUAGUUCAGAUGGAAGCAACAAGGACGGUUGGCAAAACAGCACCUCUGACAGAGAUUCCAGAGAGCUACAGUUUGGUCCAGGGGAUCCGUUGGAUGAAGGUGUGGAGGUCACAGGUGACAAAAUGGAGGUUAAUAUUGGUGUGAAAGCCUUACGUAGCAGGUUUGAUGCCCCGUCACCACCCCCCAGGCAAGCACCCCAAAGCCCCAGCCCUAAAAAGCCUCCACCUCCUAAGGUUCCCCCUCGUGGUCCCCGCUCCCAGAAACCUCCCCAGCCUAGUGUGGUAAAAUCCACUGCUAACAUAGUGUUACACAGUCCCACUGGGAUAACCCAUUCUCCAAAAGGGUUGAACAAUAACUAUUCCCCAGAGGGGGACAGUAAAGUCUUUGGUAGUCCCGACAGUCAGUCUUCCAUCGAUGUGAAACUGAGUCCAAAAACUCUGCAGAGCUUAGAGAAAAAUAUGCCAAGGCGAGUGCGACGGUCCGUUGGUGAAGCUCGUAUCAAGCGUCGGGGCUCAAGCGAUGUUAGCGAUUCGGACAAUGAACCCAGCUUGGUCAAGCACCACUCGGCUGACAUCUCAUUGCGAACCGUUGAAGGGGACAGUUCCUCUGAAGAGACGGCCGGCAAGUUUGUUGGGGGUGAGAGUGGUGUUGGCUUCGGUGUAUCCUUGGCCCGCCCACUUCCAGAUCUACCUGAAGACCAGACUAACAGAAACACAGCCAAGUUCCCCCGACCCCUACCACCACCACGAGUACCCUCCUCUUCCUCGCACCCUCAAUAUCGCCAGAGCAUGCCAGCAAGGUCCCCUGGUUUCGCCUCGGACCAAGCGACGUCUCGAGCCAACAGUGAAGUGGAAAGAGUGGACCUUGCUGAUUUCGCUCCAAGACCAGUCCCCCUACCAAGCCCUUCCAACGCCCCAAAUGCAGGCAAUGAUAGUGAUGGAGAAGCAGACGAACGCUACAUGCCACCACCGACCCAGCGACAAAUCAAUGGAGCUUUGAAUUUUGGUGCUCAAGGUGUCAGAAACCCAAUGACUCGUGGCCACACCAUAGACGUCAUCAUCCCCAACCAACAUUCCACAAACCCUUUUCUUCAAGCUCAAACGCCCUUGAGACCUCCUUUACUGACUAGCCAAUCGGUGGACUCAGGGAGGGGUACUGCCGAUGGAAUGGAGGACCUUGUAAGGGCUUCACCUGAAGACAUCCGUCGGAUAAUCCAACAAGAGUCAACCCUCAAGACACUUGCAUCACAGAGUGAUGAAGACAGUUACGAUGAUGAUGACGAUGAUGAUGAUUCUCGGGACUAUGUUGUUUGUAGGUUUAACAAUGAUGAUCUAAGCGAUCUGCCAAGCAGACUCCCACCAGCUCCUCCAAUCCCAGUGUCCCAAUGCAAACCCUCAAAACCAAAGGAGCUCGUCCGCGAAACAGAAUACGAGAUCAUGAACCCCCAGAGAGAUUCAGUGUUCUUAAGUGAAGUGGAGCAGGUCAGUGUGGGUGUGCCAGUGCAGCAGAACAUACCACUGGCGGAGCGGGAACUCCCGCCCCUGCCAGCUCUCAAAGAUGACAACCGGAGCAGUUCCCUGACGCGCAGUCGCAGUGCCCAUUCUUUCACUUGGUCCAGCAGGAUCCCCAGCUCCCAGCAGUUGAGAGAACGCCGCGGCACACUUGCUUCCACCAGCCGAUCAGAAACCCUCAAGGAGAUCGACGAGAGACAAGGUACAAGGAGCCUGGAUCGCUUGGAGAGGAAAUCAAGAAGUUCUGAUGAUAUUCCAGAGGAAGAGCCUGGACUCAAGGAGGUAGAGAGCUUGACAGAUGUUCUGGCCCGCACUUACAGAUCACCUCCAGUUUCUGUGGGCUCCAGUAACUACAUCUUCCCUCGCCCGCAAAACAACUUUCUGUCACAAAGAAUCCAGGCACCGAUGGUCCACCCCCCGAUCCCUAAAGAUCCUCCGCCCCCGUCAGUCAUCAACAACUACCACAUCCCACGGCCUCUACCGGCAUGCUCCUCAGAGGACUACAUUGACAUGACCAACACCAGGCGAAGGCAGAGUAAUUUAGCAGGGUUCGGAUCAGGAAAGGGGGUGGGGUCAGAGAAGACUGAAGGGGUGGAUGCCAAGCCGCCUGAUGGAGGACCUCAGAAGGCCUUGGACAUCCAAUCCGUCCGAAAAGAACUUCCUGAUAUGAUCUCUCUAGAGGAGUGCACUCAAGUCCUGCGAGAUAACCUCUGGAAUGUUCCGCUGACCAUCAAAAUCCUAAAAAUUCGCUACCUGACUCGGACCUUCCUGAUGGAUGAUGGCACUUGCCGUCAGGCUCUGGAGGAAGCAAACUGGGAUCUCGGAAUAGCCUCGGCAAUCAUCGGCCAGUCUCCGGAGAGCAGCAUCAGCUUAUGAUUUGGCUCUUCCAAACAUUGUUUCCAAAUCUUGGCUGUGUUACAAUCAUUGGUCUGCCGAUUUGAGACCCACAGGCUCAGCAGGCUCAGUGCAGCAUCAUUUGCUGCAACAGAAGUAUUAGACUGUGUCAUCUGAGAUCAAAGUUUUGGAGUAUUUUCAAAGUGAUGCUUGAGACUGAUUUCUGAACUCAAGAUGAAGCAGUAGACAGAGACAAAGCGAGGUUUGGAAUGUUUGAAGGAAUCGGUAUGUUUCACUUUUUUGCACAUAGAAUUUUGUGCACAUGAUUAAUGAUGGCUUCCACUUUCACAUCGUUCAUUUGGUGCUUCAGUAAUUGAUAAACAGGGAUUAGAAUGUACACUUAAUGUUAACUUUUAAGUUCUGAAGAUGUCUCUUUGAAGCAAGUAGGUAAUCGAACACUCAACAUUGUGAAUUGGUGAUACUGAGUUCAUCAUUAUACACAUCAAAUGCGAGCUGUUAUUUGAGGACAUCUUAGUUUUUGCCCUUGAAUUUCAUUUUCAUUCUGAUAUUUUGGUACUACUUGAGGAGGCCCUGAGAAAUAUCAAGUGUUGAGUGGGGUGGAGUGUGAGUCGUUUUGUACUCUGCUGAACUCAUGCUCAUUUUGUUUAACUUGUUGAAAGUCAACAAGUGGCACUUAGCUGUUUUUCCAAGUAGCAAAGAUUUGGAUAAUCCUGUUCCAUUUCAGGAAAACAUCGUGGUUGGUGUUGGGGGUAGCUUGUGAACAUGUACAUCUAUAAAUGUUUUGACAUCUGAUUGUGGUGGCAAUAACUUAGAGUAAAUCUUGCAGAUGUGUAGAGUUCUACGAGGACCAAAAUGAAGAAAGUGGGUGAGCAGUAAUUGGAACAAUCACAGUUCAGAUGGCGAUUAACACGAAAUCAAGAAUUUUCAAUUAAUACUCUUGUCAUACCUCAUUUAGUCUGUUAUAUGAUGAGACGAGGCUGGUAAAUGUGAUUUAUGAUUGUAAAAUGAAAGACUUGAUUUCAUUUCUGACAUCUUCCAUAUUUUCUUUACAGACAAAUCUUAAAAAGGUGAGGUGUGUUAGUUAUUAUAUACAUGUAGGCUGGUACCAGUUGUAAAAAUUGUUGCUGUAACAUAGUGUGCCUUCAGGGUACAUUACAAAGAUGGCUGCAACCUAAAGCAACUUUGAAAAGCUUUUACUGUGUAAAUCAACAUAAGCUAUUUUGGCCAUCUCACAAAGUUCCAAUAUUAUACAGUUCGGUAGUUUAACAAAAUCUGGUACUGAUGGCUAUAAUUAAAUUUUUUCUUUCUUUGUACUAUGCAAAGCAGUCUUGCCAGGUUGAAUUUGCAGCUUUUGAAGCAAAAAUCAAUGUUAAGUUUCAUCUGUGGCAACUUGCCAAUUUUUUAUUUGCAUUUCCUCUCAAAACUUGAACACUAGCUGUAUCACUAGUUUCCAGACUGCAUCUUAUGUAUUGGAAAAUGUGUUUGCAUGUAUGUGCCUAUCCGAAUGAAGUGCACACAUCGAUAUUAAUCCAAAGAAAGUCCCAUUUCUGGUUUCUGACGAACUUUUGGUACUUUAUACCUGUACAGUUGGAUGGCCCAGUAUGCUAAUUGAUCUGCGUAUCUGCUUUGAAUAUUUAAUAGGCAUAUGUAUUCAUUUUUAAAGUAACUACACAUGUACAUGCUUUGAAUUAUUAUGUGUGUUUGGCAGGUGUUUAAAGAUGACAAAAUGCUGGAGUGCAAGAAAGUGAGAAAUUUUAAGUUCAUCUUGUGACAUAACUUAUUGAAUGUGCUUUUGAUUAGAGGACAUCCUUAUCAUGUGGUUCUGCUUUAACCUUUACGCAACAGUUGAUUCUGGCUUCAACAUUUUCUCCAUUUGGCCAAUACACGAUCUGGCCAGUAAUGUACAUGUGCAGGAUUUGUGAGACCCAUGCUUAACUUUGUAACAUUUGGAAAUUGACAAACAGGUCACUCUUCCGGUUACCCAGUCUCAGUUAAGGGAACUUGAUUCAAGUCCAACAGUGUUAAGAAUAGUAAUUAAUUUACAAAUGUAAGCUCUCCUUGCAGGAAGGACAUUGUCUCAUAUACCAGAAAGAGUUGUUUUAAUUGAUAACGACUGUAUAUAGUUAUUCACUGGUCACGUAUGUAGCAAUAUAACGGGAAAAAGUUUAAAGUCAGACUUGAACCUAGACAAACUAUUUCAUGAGAGGAAGCAUGAAUUCUCUUAUUGCAUUUCCAAAAUCAAGUGUCCAGACUAUGUUAAUAUGCUAUCAAAUUGGUAAGUGCUGUUUUUAAUGUGUAAUUUUUUUUAUUUAUCAGGUUAUCAAUUUGUGUACUUUCUUUCAGUGAGCAUGACGCUAUCUGCUUUAACACGUGGUGAACAGGGUUAACUAGGAUUAAACAGCUAGGCUAUAAUCUGGGUUAACGGUUUAACUAACAUGUACUUGGUAGUCUUCGGUAAAAACUAAUUCUAACAUGCAUGUCUUGCAAGGGAAAGUAUGGCUACUUGCCUUAAUGGUCGUAACAACUGCAUUCCUUGUAACAGCAGAAUGGUCAACAUUUGGUAAGAAUUGUCACAUUUAUACUUACGUUAAAAAAUGUAUAAAUUGAAACGUGUAAUUUAGCAUUACCAGAGCAGUUGUACAGGGUGUGUGAAACAGUACCAAUUUAAACAAUGUUUCUUGUUGAAAGGAUAAAAACAACAAUUUGAUUGUAUUACAUAAGGCAGAGAAUUGGUUGAAACCAUUCGAUGGAUUUGGCCAGUAAAUCCAGGGCAAUUUUGCGGGUGCCAUGAAGUCAGAGACGGUAAACAAUAAUUAUCCAAUUUCCAUUUUUUAAAAACUGCGUUUUGUACUCUCUUGCUUUCAUAUUAAUUUGUCUUUGGAUCUGUAAAAUGUGCUUAAAUUUGUCUUGUACUUUGGCCCAAUCUGUUCCUUUGAAACAGAAUUUUCUUCAUGGUAUUGUGUUGUUUUUCGUUCUUAAAUCACGGGGACUUUGAUGAAUUGAGAUGUAGUCUUACGUUUUUGAUACUGACAAAACCAAGUUGGGGAAAGAGCUGGUCUAUUCAAAUCAGUAGGGCAUUUUCCGUGGUUUAGUCUUAAGCUCGUGACUUUUUCACCCUAGGAAGGCACCCUGUCUUUGUAUUAAAUCAAAGAGUGUCAACAAUGUAGCCUUUGUCCAUGCCUAGGCCGUGUCUUAAUCAACCUGCUGCGGCUAGUAGUAUCACACGCGUCUAUGGGAAGUGGUGUAGCCAUUAGACAGUGGCUUCUAUAGGCGCAUGUGUUAUUUCCAGCCGCAGCCGUAACAUUCAGACAUUGCCCCCACAAGCUCAGUGUAUUUAUGAUACGGCAUCGCAAAGUGUGUGCAUGUUGUAAAAGUGUCAACAGAUACAGUACGAUGUAUUAUGCAAACUAUGUUACAAUGUGAAAUGCUUUGUUUUCUAAUCUUUCUGUAACAUACUGUACAUGCGUAAUCUUAACUAAUUUUCAUAUUAAACAUUGACCCGAAAACGCA